UGUAACUAAUGUAAGCAUCAAAAUGGAUUUUCAAAUGUCAAACAAAAAACCCCGCUCACAAAGCCAAUAGAAAACCAGAGAAGAUAUUGCAAUUGUAUAGAUGCCGUUCAGUGGACCGAGAGCGAGUUGACUCAGCACUCAUUAUCAUCAGCCAUGUCCUCUCAACUCAUCUCUCUCGCUUCACUCCUUCUUCUUCUUUUCACUUUUCCUUCACAGUCCGAGUCAGACAAUCUGUUUUGUGAUGCUGGGACUGUACAUGGUGAGCCCAAGUGUGGAAUAAAAUCAUCUUCAUCAUCAUCAAAGAUCUUGAUCAAAGGAGGAACAGUUGUGAAUGCUCACCAUCAGGAGAUUGCUGAUGUUUAUGUGGAGGACGGGAUCAUUGUUGCUGUUCACCCUAACAUCAAGGUUGGUGAUGAUGUAACUGUUCUGGAUGCUACUGGAAAAUAUGUUAUGCCAGGAGGAAUAGAUCCUCACACGCACCUUGCUAUGGAGUUUAUGGGUACUGAGACCAUUGACGACUUCUUCAGUGGUCAGGCAGCAGCAUUAGCUGGUGGAACAACGAUGCACAUCGAUUUUAUUAUACCUGUCGAUGGGAGUUUAACUGCUGGUUUUGAAGCCUAUAAGAAAAAAGCUAAGAAUUCCUGCAUGGAUUAUGGUUUCCAUAUGGCAAUUACAAAAUGGAAUGAAGUUGUUUCUGAGGAAAUGGAAGUUAUGGUCAAGGAGAAAGGUAUCAACUCUUUCAAGUUUUUCAUGGCAUACAAGGGCUCUUUUAUGAUCAAUGAUGAUCUCCUGCUAGAAGGACUCAAGAGGUGCAAAUCUCUUGGUGCCUUGGCUAUGGUCCAUGCAGAAAAUGGAGAUGCAGUAUUUGAAGGACAGAAAAGAAUGAUUGAACUUGGUAUUACUGGUCCUGAGGGACAUGCUCUUUCAAGGCCCCCAUUGCUGGAAGGAGAGGCUACUUCUCGUGCAAUUCGUUUGGCCAAGUUUGUAAAUACACCUCUUUAUGUUGUUCAUGUGAUGAGCAUUGAUGCAAUGGAAGAAAUCUCUAAAGCUCGAAAAUCAGGGCAGAGGGUUAUUGGAGAGCCUGUAGUUUCUGGAUUAGCCCUUGAUGAUUCUUGGCUAUGGGCCUCAGACUUCCUCACAGCAGCAAAGUAUGUCAUGAGUCCUCCUAUCAGAGCAUCAGGACAUGACAAAGCUCUACAAGCUGCCCUUGCAACUGGAGUUCUGCAGCUUGUAGGAACCGAUCAUUGUACUUUUAAUUCUACACAGAAAACUUAUGGCAUUGAUGAUUUCCGAAAAAUACCAAAUGGUGUCAAUGGCAUUGAGGAGAGAAUGCAUUUGGUUUGGGAUACAAUGGUGGAAACGGGCCGAAUUUCCGUGACUGAUUAUGUCCGCAUAACAAGCACUGAAUGUGCUAGGAUCUUCAAUAUAUAUCCCAGGAAAGGAGCAAUUCUUGUUGGAUCUGAUGCAGAUAUAAUUAUUCUCAACCCAAAUUCAAGUUUUGAAAUUACUGCAACGUCUCACCACUCUAGAUCAGAUACAAAUGUCUAUGAGGGCAGGAGAGGAAAGGGAAAAGUUGAAGUGACGAUCGCUGGAGGACGGAUUGUCUGGGAAAAUGAUGAAUUGAAGAUUGUUCCUGGAAGUGGAAAGUACAUAGAAAUGCUUCCCUUCAGUUAUCUUUACGAUGGAAUUGAAAAAGCAGAUGCUAAAUACUUUUCUUCCCUCAAAGCUCCAGUAAAGCGUUUUACAUCCACAGCUUAGAAUUAGAUUGCAGGUAAUUGUAUUUUCUCUUAUCCUGUAGAUAAAAUUAGAAGGAAAAUUAUACCCAGUGUUCAUGUUUGUAUUGAGUUUGUGCAGAGUGACAAAUAAAUAAUGUUUCAACAGCCUGUGCAUUCCAUUUGUCAUAUGUAUUUGUAUACAUUGUUGGAUAAUAUAAAUAAAGUUCAUAUUCUUCUAGUUAUAA